UUCCUCAUAAAAGACUAGUGGCUGAAUCCCUGCUCUUUCAAUGCUUUUUCGAGGUGCAAAACCAAAUCCGUUUAUCACGCACUGGUAAUCAACUUCUCGUUCGUAUCCCAGCGAGAGCACUGUAUAUCAUGUUGCGACUAAAAUCUGUUUAUUUGUACUAGUACACAUAUGCAAGGGUUUUCCAUAUGUGUGAAUAUUAAUAACAGUUUGGUUUUCACGCCCUAAUGUUUCAACACCGUAGUUUGUACUGGAGGUUUGUAAUGACACUGUGGUCGCGUCUACUGUGAAAAUAAAUCCAUGUCAGGCCUAGGAUUCUUGCCAGACGGUGCAAUGCUUCACACGUUUAACGUGAAAUUGUAUUGAUGAUUUAUUUCAAGUCUGUCAAAAUGUGAAUGAACAUGUCGUCAUCAACAGAGGUGAAUGCACUUUGACUUCGUGAGCUAAAUAAGGAUAGCCUAUUUUCCUGAGGGAAUGUCUUCUUCGCCAGCAAUCUUGCUUUAAAAGACGAUUAAUUGGUACGAAUUCUCAUUUCCAAGAUGGCGAUUUGUGAGGGUCCCCUAAAUGUGGCCGCCAUCAAAACAACUCUAGUCCUGUUCCUGCAAACACUCUACGCACUAGGGACGCUGAAAUCCAUCGGUGUAUACGUACCGGAAAUGAUAGAAGGUGUAGGUCUAACUCCGACAGACAUUGGACUUAGUCUUGGAUUAUAUGGGGCAUUUGCAUUUAUUCCAGGUCCCUUCAUAACCUACCUGUAUCAACGUCUUCACGGUGGAUCGCGAUGGGUUCUCGUGAUGACAGGGGCAGUCUUGGCACCCUUGGCUCUCAUCGCUGGAUCUUUUGUGACCAACGCCGCUCAGCUAGCGGUCUGUCUAUCAGUUGCAGGGCUCGCAUCAAACAUCCUCUCCAUUGCAAUAGUCAUCACACUACGAAAACAAUGUAGCCAGAACUUUGGAAUCUACUACGGGAUCGGAAAGUCAGGGUACGCCUUUGGUAUGGCCCUGGUGCCUCUGCUUGCGGAUUACCUGAUGGUGCUGUAUGGAUGGAGGGGUUCCUACAUUCUGAUUGGCGCCCUCAUGGGCCACCUGAUUCCUACGACCAUGAUGGUGGAUAUCAAUUUAGAAUCUGAUGUACGGGAUACUCGGAGCAGCAACGAUGGUGCCUCUGAGGAACAACGUGUACAGAUGGACCAUGAGGUCAACGAUGACAAUAGAAGAUUACUGGACGAAGCGUCGAGUCACAGUAGAGAUACAGCAGCAUCAAGUAGUGUCCACAACCCUGAUCACCCGAGUAGCGGUGAAGACAACGUCAUCGAUGAGCAGGACGAACCCGUAGAUGAGGUCGACGAUGAGGCAAUUAGCGACGAAACAAGAUUACUUGAGGAAUCAUCACUCCGCCACAGGCAUAAGACAAAAUCUGAUAGUUCUCGUAGGAUUAGUGAAGCUACAAGUCGGACUAAAUACGCAAACUUGUACGACACUGCUUGUCAAAUUCUUAAGAAUUCCGUGUAUAACCGUGAUCGCUGGCUAAUUCAUCUUAUGCUAGUCACCCUCGUGUAUUCCAUGGUAAAUGGCACCUGGAAUGGUUUUUUAAUUCCCCGAGCAGUCGACCGAGGUUUUGCUACACCAGUAGCUGUAUCCUUUGCCUACUCUGCAGCAGUAGGGGCCUUCAUUGGUCGUUUCUUCGGAGGCUUCAUUUUGAGCUUGAAAUUCUUCUCAGGUCAAGAGUGGUUUCUGUUCUUGACAAUCGUGAACAUCUCCUCGCUCAUUGCCGACAUCUUAGUCGCAAGGUUUGGCGUAAUGAUUGUGACGUCAUUUGUUACUUGCCUUACCCUUGCCGAGCGGAGUACUCUUAUUUUGGUGAUCUGUACGGAUAGGGUCACCGAGUCGGAGUUUCCUGUGAUUCUCGCUUCGUCGGAAAUUGUAUUCGGGAUCGGAACUUUCGUCGGAGCUUCUCUCGGAGGUUAUGUUGCUUACGCCUACAAUGCCUUCAAUGCGUCCUAUGUCUUCGUUGCAGCUGCCGACGCCUUGGUAUUUUUUCUUAUGAUUCCACCGACGAUUGCCGCGAGAAUGAAAUGAUUCAACGGAGGGGAUACGAUGACAAUGAUGAUAACAAUGCUGUUACGGUGCUCCGAUGUGGCUCCUGCGAAAAAUUACUCCAAGCUUUAUUUCGCAAAAGAUAUAGGCCUACAGUUCGAAGCCCACCUUCAAAUGUUCGGUCUGGCUACGAUUUCCAAUAGCAAUUGAUAUAAACAUUAGAACAUGCAAAAGUUGAGUGAUCAAGGAGGUGUAUAGUCAUUAUGUUUGAUCAAAUCUAAAUUCCAAGGGAUUUUAAACUUUCUUGGAGGAAGAAAAGCUAAAUCGGCUCAGAAUCGUAGUGACGUUAGACCACCGACAGUGUCCUUAUCUACGAUUUGAAGCCGAUUCUGCUUUUGAUCCGGCUAGAAAGCUUAAAUACACUAACAUCCUGGUGUUUAGUAUGCUUAUUGUUUUAUUUUAACCCUGCAUUAUUUAACACAAUUAAAAUUGAGAUACGAACUAGGUACCUUUAUAAUAUUAACAAAAGUCAAAAUACAUAUAUAAUCAUAUCA